GAGUUCACGCCUGCGUACUGCGGAUCCAACGCUGAUGCAAGACAUUUUCGGCGCAGCAUUGUGGCACUGUUCGAGGGACACACAUUAGCCAGGUUUCAAUCACAUUUCAGCCCGCAAACAUGUCAGGAGACGAGAUGAUUUUUGAUCCCAACAUGACCAAGAAGAAGAAGAAGAAGAAGAAGCCCUUCAUGCUGGAUGAGGAAGGAGGAGAGGGGGUGGGAGGAGAAGAGGCUAAAGAGGUGGAGGCGAAGGAAGUGGAACCGGAGACCGGAGACGACAAGGAGCUGGAUCUAGAUGAAGAUGAAGGCAGGAAGAAAGAACCGUCCGAUGAUCUGAACGACUUGAACUUCUUCAACCAGAAAAAAAAGAAGAAGAAACCCAAGAAAGUAUUUGAAAAUGAUGUUGAGGAGGGAUUAAAGGAGCUGAAAAUUGAGGGGGAGCAAACAGAGGUGCUGGAGGAGGACAACCUGGACCUAAUGCUUCCUACCAAAAAAAAGAAGGCAAAAAAAGUGGACUUUGAUGAGGGAGAGUUGCUGGAGCUGGAUGACCCUUUGGAGGAUGAUGAGGGGAAGAACAACGAUGGGAUCUCAUUCAGCUCCAUGACAGGACCGACCUGGGCCGGGACUGAAAGAGACUACACUUAUGAUGAGCUCCUGAACCGAGUCUUCAACAUAAUGAGAGAGAAGAACCCGGAUAUGGUGGCAGGAGAGAAGAGGAAGUUUGUGAUGAAGCCUCCUCAAGUGGUCCGAGUUGGAACCAAGAAAACCUCUUUCGUCAACUUCACAGACAUCUGCAAACUGUUGCAUCGUCAGCCUAAACAUCUCCUCGCUUUCCUGUUGGCCGAGCUGGGAACAAGUGGUUCCAUAGACGGAAAUAACCAGCUUGUGAUCAAAGGCAGAUUUCAACAGAAACAAAUAGAAAAUGUCUUGAGAAGAUACAUCAAGGAAUAUGUGACGUGUCACACCUGCCGCUCCCCAGAGACCAUCCUGCAGAAAGACACUCGCCUCUAUUUCCUGCAGUGUGAAACGUGCCACUCCCGCUGCUCCGUCGCCAGCAUCAAGACUGGCUUCCAGGCUGUGACGGGCAAGAGGGCGCAGCUGCGAGCUAAAGCCAACUAAAGACCACCGAAACGGGGCUCCCCCUCCCCUCUCUCGGCUUCCCGGAGCUGGGGACGGAUGCCCCUCUGAUUCGCUAAAAGGACUCUCUGGAUCGAACUGCGGGAGGGUUUUGCUGUUAAGUUGUGUCGUGGCCUGACAGGGCAGGGAGAGUGAGAGAGUAUCUAAAGCGGACUGAUUGGGUUCAGGCGCCGUACGCAGAUGAUGUGUACCACAUACACGAUUGGAUGCAUUUGAUUUGUUGUCUGGCUGAUGAACCCUCCACCUCCUAGGUUGUUUUUGUUUAGAUUUGCUGUGAUUCUUGAUUCCUGCCAGAUUACCAAUUUGAUACGGCUUUUUCAUUCUUUCCUCUCCCCCUUAACAUGCACAAGAGAUGUAUAUUUCUGGAUUGCAGUUUAAGAUAAGUUGAUCUACAGCGACGGAGCGUAGUUGCUCUGGUAAGUUGCUCAUAUGGUUACCUCGAUGUACUUGAAUUGAAGAUCGCGUCCCUGUCUGGUCUGAAACCACAACACUGCCUGUCCCAGAAUUUUCUGCUCCAACUUUUCAAGGAUAGAAAUCACUGGGCUGGAGUACAUGGAGGGAAAUGUGUCACUGCUACUAGUCUGUGGCUGCCCCAACGCAGACCUCAUUCCUUCUCACUUAAGACUUUGAGAGAGGUUGUUUGUGAGACAGACGUAUACAAUGAUAGUGUGUUUGUAAGUGUCAUUGAUGAGCAAUUUUGUACUUCAUUAUUGCUUCCUUUUGACUUCUGCAGUUAAGAUCAACACGUUUUAUCCAUCAUUUGAGAGCUGAUGUGAAAAUGUAACCAAAUUUUGUCAAGAAGAGCAGCUUUCUCAAGCUCAUGCCAGUCCCCGAACACAAACGCCCAAAAGCUCCCUCCUGAAAACAGCCUCUGAGCAGACCCCUCUAACCUACUCUAACAGGUCUUUUCAAGUGGGAUUUCCGUCUCAUUUUCACCGCAAGCUAGCCAGGAUGAGAGGCGUUUCAGUCCAGUAAUGCUGGUUCCUACAUGAUUUUGGUUCUGUUGAUGUUUGAGAAGGAUGUGGAUAAGUAUGACUGGCUGGAAUCAUUUUAAAAGUUGGUUUUUACUCAAAUAAAACAUUCUACUCUCUCUCUCCA